UGUUGUGUAUAGAGGCAUUUAAAUCAGGGAGAGGGAACAUAAAGUGAAAUGAGUAGUUUAAUGUGUAGCAGGGUGUUUCAAUCAGUUGACAGUUGUUGGAGUUUAAGGACUUUGACAAUGAUGUCCAGGCAACUUCGUUUUUCCGCUUGCCAUUGCAAUUCUGUGGAUCGUAAAGAAGUAUCAAAGGAUAAACAAGAUCAAGUGCCCAAGAGUGUUCUAAAUAACAUUUCUGCCAAGAUAAAGUCACGUUUGAAUGUAGAAAUGAAUCCACAGUACAAGGAUAAUUUGGUGUCUAAUGUUUGGGAGUCAUCUUUAACUAUUAACUGGCCAGACUUGAUACAAACAGUGGGAAGAGGAAAUUCAAAAAGUCAGGCUCAACAUGAAGCUGCCCAAUUAGCUCUGAGUUUAUUGAAACAAAAAAAUAUAAUAGGUGAAGAUGGGAACCUCCAACCAGUACAAAAAAUCAUGUCACUUUAUACAUUAGAUGAUAAAAUUUCGCCUUCCAAGAAUAAGAAAAAUAAAACAUCCAAAGUUUCUAUUGCACAGCUGAAAAAUGAAAAAAUAUUGGUGGACAGAAACAUUAACCCAUCACAUAAGUCGGAGACAUCUGUCUGUAAGGCAGUGUUAGAAAUGGUUGCUAGGCGUUUCCCACAACCAAAAGCUACUCUUCAUAAUGUAUUUGUGGAAGUGGCGCACCACUUACGCAGUGAUGCUUAUUGUGCAAUCCCCAGUUACAGUCGCAUGAAGGACUCAUGGCAGUGUUCAUACCAUUUACGGUGGCCCUCCCAUGCAGUGUUUUCUGGAGAAGGACACACCAAAUCUCAAGCUGCUAAAAUUGCUGCACUGUAUGCUCUUAAUUGGCUUACUGCACAGGGACGACUGCUGAAAGAUGGAACUCCCUGUAUUGAAAGAAGAAUGGAGAUGCCACCUCCACCUCUUGUUGCUUUGCCAUCUGAGUUUGAACGACAGUUAAAUACCCUUCACACUUACUUUCAGUGUGUCAAGAAUACAAUAGCUGAUGCCACUGAAAGUUGCACAGAAGUAUUACAAGAUGCCGAUACUGUGGACACUGAAACCGGUACUGUCACUCAAACCUUCAGCUUUAAUAUUAAAAAUGAAACUGUAUUCAAAAAUCGAAGUUCUGAACUUCAAAGAAGACUUGAAAGAAGAAUGAAGAUGGGAAGCAGAAAAUCUGAACUUCCGAUUUACCAGUUUAGGGAACAGUUGUUAGAACUCCUGGAAAAUAAUAGAGUUCUCAUAAUCAGAGGAGAAACUGGCUGUGGGAAAAGUACUCAAGUUCCACAAUUCAUAUUUGAUGAUUGGAUUAAGAAAGGCCAUGGAUCUGAGUGUACUGUAGUGGUAACUGAACCAAGAAGAAUUGCAGCAAUCUCUCUUGCUGAAAGAGUUGCUGAAGAAAGAGAUGAGCGGGUUGGUGAUACAGUAGGUUACCAUGUAAGAUUGCAGUCACGUAUGCCACAAGGACCAGGAGGUCUCCUGUAUAUGUCAUCAGGCAUGCUUCUUCACCAUUUGCAGAAAAAUCCAGUUUUGACUGGUGUCACACAUGUGAUAUUAGAUGAAGCUCAUGAACGUGACACCAAUAUUGAUGUGUUAGCCAUUCUACUGCGUCGUGCAUUAUUGCAUAACCCUGAACUGCAUGUUAUUGUCAUGAGUGCCACUAUUGAUGCUUCUCUCUUCCAAAAUUACUUUGAUGCUCCCCUUAUGGAGGUACCGGGCUUCACAUUUCCAGUUACAGAACAUUUUUUGGAUGAUCUUGUUUCACAAAAUGUGUUGAAAAAAUUACCUGAUUCAACAGUGCCUUAUGUAGAUGUAGAUCUUGUGUGUACUGUAAUAGACUGGCUUCACCAAAACAAAGGUGAAGGGGCAAUAUUAUGCUUUCUGCCUGGUUGGGCAGACAUAAAAGCAGUAAUGGAAAAGGUGAACAACAUAAUGAAUAAAAGUGAACUGUUUGUUGUGCCUGUGCAUUCCCGAAUUUCUUAUACUGACCAGCAGAAAAUAUUCAGCAGACCACCACCUGGCAUUCGGAAGAUCAUUCUUGCAACAAACAUUGCAGAAACAAGCAUUACUGUGAAUGAUGUAAAGUAUGUUGUGGACACAGGAUUACACAGGGAACAAAGGUUAAGCAGUGACACUGGAACAUCCAGCAUAGGCAACAGAUGGAUAUCAAAAGUAAAUGUGAAACAGAGACGUGGUAGAGCUGGUCGCCUCCAGCCAGGCGAGAGCUUUCAUCUCUUUGAUAAAAAGCGCUUUGAAUCUAUGGAUGACUAUCCCCUUCCAGAAGUACUGAGAGUUCCACUGGAAAAAACUAUUUUGUAUUGUAAGGGGUUGAUUAAAAAUCAAAAAGCAGCACAAUUCUUAUCAGAGAUGCCUGAACCACCAAGUGAAGAUGCAAUUCAAUUGGGUGUCUCAGAAUUAGUUGCCAUAGGAGCUCUAGAUGAUGAUGAAAAUUUGACAGCUCUUGGAAAACGAAUAAUGAAUUUCCCAACACACCCUAAACUUUCAAAGGUGCUGGUCAAUGCAGCAGUAUUGAGGUGUACACAACCAGUGCUUACCAUUACAACAGUUCUCAGUGGAGAAGUGGAUCUAUUUCAAGGUGCCCUCACAGAAAAGGAUAACAUCCGUGAAACUAAAAGAGAGCACCAUCCAACAAGUGAUCAUAUUGCCCUGUGGAAAAUACAUAGAAUGCUAUGGCAAAUGAAAACUGGGGAUUUCAGAAGCCUUUGUCAGCAUAUGAACAUAAAUGUUCCCAGCAUUGACCUUAUUGCCAGGUUGAAUAAACUGUUUUCGGAAUAUCUGUAUGAAUGUAAGAUACUUUGUCAUUCUGAGAAGCUUACUGAUGAUGCCUCACCAUGUAAUAAAUAUCAGCUUCAUGAUGAAUUGGUAAAGGCUGUGUUAAUGUCAGGCCUGGGAAAUUUACUAGUCAAGCGCAACUGGAAAAUUAUGAAUGGUCGCAUAGUAAAAGACACAAAUCUCACAGUCACAGAGCUUGAGCAGCAUGCUACCAUAACACCAGACAGUGUUAAUUACAAGCAUUGUGAUAACUCAAGCCCAUAUCUUACACAUUUCAAUGAAAUAAAGUCUCUCGAAAGAAGAUCUUUGUUAAUCAGAGAGUCUUCUGUUGUAUCUCCACUGUGUGUCAUCCUAUUUAAGCCAGGAGAACUCGUAGCAGAAAAGUAUGAAGCUUCCUCCUCUGGCAACUCAACAGUGAAAGGCAACAGUUACGUGGUCCUUUCGUUGAAGUCAAAAGGAACUGUCAAAAUGUUGUGUGAGAAGAGGGAUGCAGAGCAGUUGCAGACUCUCAGGACUAUCAUUUGGUGGGUUUUAGAUUACUACAUUAGAAACGAAGGAUCCUCAGGAAAUGAAUGCAAUAGAACUGUUGACAAGUUCCGGGAGUUUUUGCUUAAAGUAAUAGUAGAUGUUCUUGCAUACAAGAAAUAAACAGAUUAAGAGUGGUCAUCAGGAUCUUGUAAAUAUUUUUGUUAUGUGUCAAAAUGUAAAUGAUGUUACAAAUGUAUAUAUCUUAGAUAAAAUUCUUGGUAAAAAAAAAGAGUGUUGUGUGACUGUAGGUGCUGACGAUAAUGUUCUUGCGAUUUUCAGUGAUAACAAAGAUUACAUACAAAGUUAUAUAAAGGUUCAACCAUUGACCAACACUUCAGUAGUUAAAGUACAUAUAUUGCAUUUGUGUUAUAUUUCUUUUGGCUGAUAGAUAUUUCUGUAUAUACAAAAUUAUGAUGUAUUAUAGCAGUGUAGCGAGAAAGAUAGGUAUGUGAGAGAGAGAGAGAGAGAGAGAGAGAGAGAGAGAGAUAUCCCAGCAGAAUGUUAUGAAAUAUUUUCAUUUCAUGACAAGACAAUUGAGAAAUUUCUGUCACAAUAUUUAUAGGUUACUAAUCUACUUGUGGUGGUAUUGGUUGUCUUUUUAAUAAUGUAAUUACAUGGUGUUUUAGUAUAUCAUUUAUUUAUCUGGUAAAAUUUCGUCAUGUUUAGAUUUUUCAAACUGUUUAAAAUUGGAAUAUUUCUUAAAACUGUCACUUAAUGAGAAACAUACACUAUAGAUUUACCAAGGGUAUGUUUUACAGAUGACACAUCACCAUAGUGUUACUCAUACCAUGCAGGAAACAGUAAUUUUGGAAUUGAAUUUGCUUUCGUGUAAUGAACUACAUUGUAAAAAAGUAGGAAAAGACAGAUUACUACUUACCAUAAAGGAGAUACAUUAAGUUGCCAACAGGCUCAAUUAAGACACUUAAAUAAAACUUUCAACCAGAGCAUUUGUCAGUAAAGGAGAAACACACACAAUUCAUAGACACAAGCAAGCACACCUCGUGCUGGAGUUGGCAGUCAUGUGUGCAUGAGGUGUGUUUGUUCGUGUCUAUGAAUGGUGUGUGUGUGUGUGUGUGUGUGUGUGUGUGUGUGUGUGUGUGUGUGUGUGUGUGUCUUUUACUGAUGAAGACUGUGGCCAAAAACUAUAUGUAAGUGUCUUUUAAUUGUCCUUGUCUGCAACUUAAUGCAUCUUCUUUAUGGUAAGUAGCACUGUAUCUCUUCCAAUGUUGUUGAUAUUCCCACCUGAAGUUUGCGUUAUUUGAACUACAUCGUAAUCCUGGCGAAACAUAGACAAUUAUUUUAGGAUUACUGACAGAGAAAAAAGUGGUAAAUAUGUUAGACUUCCAUUUUGAAAUGCAAUAAAUGAAAAAUAACAGCAAGGUGUUCAAGAGAAUAGCUCAAGUGUCUUUUUUUCUUAAGAACUAGUAGUCGUAUGAAGAGGGAAUAUUGGGGUCUCUGCCACACUCCUUUUGUGAUACUGACGAGGACAUUCGUGCAGUAUCAGUGACUGCCAUUCCCUCUGUAUCAAGCUGAAGUACAUUAAUACUACAGAAGUUCAGAGCUGUAAUUGUAUGUUACACCAGAGAGAACAUCCACAAUCACAAAAAUGAGACAAACUGAAUGUUUAUAUCUGAAGAGGAGGACAAUAAAACAUGCUUAAAUUUUUCAAAAGGUGUACCAUAGUUUUUAAAAGUUGGUAUAUAACUAGGUUAUUGGAGUUAUCAUUCUACAAAGUUGCCAAAGUCUUUCAGUUAAUGUUUAAACUAAUUUUCAAGAAUAUUGAUUUAGAAAUAGCUUUAAAUUGUAAAUAUUUUAUUGUAAUAUUACCGUUACCAUUCUCAACUUACUCAACAUUCUCAACUUAUUCAACAAAUAAACCAAUUCUGCCACAAGCAUCAA